CUGAUCCGAGUGAUGUCAUACUGGAUAUGACCGCAACCAUGGCAACAAGUGAGAUUGAAGGAAAUUUAACGAAUGAUCUUAAUUCGAUGAACUUCGACGUCAGUAUCCCGAUAUCGUUUACCAUCGUGAUCGUUCUCUUAAUGAUCGUAGUCAUCAUUGGUGUUCUUGGUAACUUGAUGGUUAUCGUCAUCGUGUUCAAAGAUUCUGCGAUGCGAACAACUCCAAAUGCCAUGGUAGCAUCCCUAGCAGUUGCAGAUCUGCUCGUUCUUCUAAUGUCCGUGCCCUACAAAAUCAUUUUUCUCUUCACUCAGACUUGGCCUUUUGGACAUAUCUGGUGUAAGAUUGUUCAUCACCUAGCCAUUUCUUGCGGGUUGGUGUCUGUUUAUUCUCUUGUAGCCCUCAGCGCAGACAGGUACCAUGCUAUUGUGCGUCCAACGAGUUACAUCGGCACAAGGAGUGCCUGCAAGUUGUCUUGCCUGGUUGGAUCUCUAUGGGUUAUCUCCAUUGCUCUGGGAAUCCCCAAUUUUAUUUAUGCCCGCAAAGUACCUACGCUGCAUCCACAAAUCAGUUUCUGCUUCAUUGAUAUGGGUGAAUACAAGGAAGCCUAUACAAUCACGUUUUGCAUUCUGAUGUUUGUAUUUCCUCUCGUUCUUAUCAGUAUCUACUACUCUAUGGUUUCAUGGCGUCUCCUAAGGAGUGCCUGGGCUAUUCCAGGCGAUGCCAAUGAGAAGCGCCCUCAACUGCGCUCCAGAAGGCGCUUAGCCGUGGUUGUCCUCGCUAUUGUCGUACUUUUUGCCGUACUCUGGUUCCCGCACAUCUGCAUCCGACUCUUCUUGCAGUUCCACCCUGAUCCUCAUACCCUUCAAGGAUUGGCUGACGCUAAACUCUUUUCUGAAGUUAUCAAGUAUCUCAACCCUUGUAUCAACCCCUACAUUCUCUGCUUCAUAAGCUCAACCUACCGGAAGCAUUUUCGUCGCACCUUUUGUUGGUUGUGUAGUAGUAAAAGGCGUUUCGAUCGCGCGCGUUCUCUCACACUCUCGUCCAAAGGGUCGUCGACCCGCACGAAAUUUACGGAGUUUUUGCCUAUGUAAUAAUGGUUUACCGGAAAGGACGCGCCUAACUCGGAUAAACAUAAAAAGAAACUGAAUGAAACCUACUGUGACAUACCAGAAUGAUAAAAGAAAAUGAACAUGUAUACUGAAGAAAGUAAUUGAAUAUCUCAAAUAAACUGCACCUCAACAGGAGGGUGACUUACCGAUUGAAGCAACUACAACCAUAACAAUAACCAAAAUUAUUUCAAAACACUUGCCCUAGUAGUGUUGUAAAUUAAAAAUGUUUUAUCAUAUUUUCAAGCUAUAUUUCAAUAUAUUAAAAGGCGGCUCCUUAUAACUAAAGAUUAAAUUAGCGUAAAUACACAGCCACAGCAAGAUCAUUUAAGCUACAUCAUUAAAGGGUAUAGAAAACGUAUACGAAGAGGCUAACAUGCACUUAACAUUAUAAUGUAAUCGAAAGGCACUGGUCAGUUUUUAUGUAGUAUAUUCCGUUCUGCUUUUAAAAUUAUUUUCAACAUACAUUGUGAAUAAAUUGUAUUGUAAUCAUAAUCUUGUACAUAAUGUGUUCAUAUUUGUAAUGUAAAUCCAUUUUAGGCUAUAUCAAGAUGUAUUAUUUAUCAGACUAUAAUGUCGACUUGUGAAUACUUACUUUAAAGAUAGAAUUACAAAAGUUUGCAAUUUGUACUGAUUCAUUAAUAGCCUGGGUUUCAACCUAGCUAGGAGGGAUUUGCUCAUCUGACAUGUACUCAUCUGACAUCUGACAUGUACGGGGUGGGGUAAACAAUGAUCAAGAAGAGCUGAAAGGGAUCCUCAUUAUAUGAUAAGGUUCGCCUUAGUCUUACAGUCAGUCGGCAUGCCCUAAAAAGUAGCUUGUUUUAUCCAAGUGAUAUUCAUGAAUUAAAAGGUUUUUGCAUAUUUAAUGAGCUUGGUGCAGACGAAAACGCCUCGUUUUAUUCGGCCAUUACUGCUCUAAAUAUCGAAUAAAUAUCAUGUUUUGGGUAUCUUAAAAAAAGAAAAAUCAUUCUUUCAGGUCAUGUGUCUGGAUCUUUGAAAAAAAAUGUAGUGUAGGUGAAAAUAUGAUGCAAAAUAUAAUAUUUUCAUGCGACAAAAGUUUUUUCCACUUUAUUUCUGUUUGAGCCCAAAUGAUUUUAAUUAUGAUAAGGCUGAAGAUCUAAGCUUUUAAUAUGAUACAGGUUUUAUAGGAAGAGGUAUUUUAGAUGGGUCAGCAUCCAGCUUUUCAUAGGCCAAGUACAUUUAGCAGCUUAAAACAAAAAUUCUGCGCUCUGAUUGGUCAUAGAGACCACACACCCACUCGAAUUCCAACAGUUUCCACACUAGGUCACUCCAAGGUCACACCCACCAUGUGGUAAUCUCUUCUAAUUACCCACAACUGGUUUUUUUUUUAACAUUAUUCAGCCAGUCAGAACUCUGGAUUUUAUGCUACUCCGAAUUUUCAGAAAUCUCGUUUGGUAUCUUGAUGGGAAAAGCUGGCUGCUGACCCAUGUCAACAGUGACAUUGUAAGAAAGUACGGUUUGAGCUUUCUAAUGAUAUAAAUAGUAUUUCUGCCGAAAAAUAAAACGAUUUGCAGAAUUUGCAAGAGAAAACAGAGGAAGAAAAUUCCGUCGAGGCAUCUUUCAGGCCUGAAAUUCACUUUUUCUUCAAAAUAUUUUAUUCAACAAAAACAACCAAUAUAUGGUACAAAAUUAUGCAAUUUUAUUUGAGGAUAAAGUAGUUGAAUUCUUUGAGAAAGAAAGUCUUGCAAUUCACGAUAUUUUGCAGGGAGAUGAAUUCAACUACGACAAUGUACGAGAAGAAUUGGACAAAUCGUGCUCAUUUGCAUAAGGACCUGCAGUCUGACUGCUUAGAGUUUAUGAAUAGGCAAAGCCUGACGCUUUUAAGUGAUGGAAAGUGCCCACCAGACGUCCUUAAAAUUUAAUCCCCAACUAUUAAAAAAUUGCUGUUUUCUAGCUAGGUAUCCGGAUAAGAACUUGAAUUUUCUUUGAUUUACCUUUUCUUUACAUUUUUGAGAAAUAAAACGGGAAUAUUUUCAAUUACACGUAUCUACCACUACUACGCCUACUACUACUACCACUACUAAUACUACUAAUACUACUACUACUACUACUACUAUUGCUACUACUACUACUACUACUACUACUACUACAACUAUUACUACCUCUUCUACUGAUACAACUUCAUUACUAUUUCUCCUAAUAUUAAUAUUACUUCUUCUUCUUCUUCUACUUCUUCUACUACUACUAAUAAUAAUACUACUACUAUACUAACUGACUAAUACUACUACUAC